AUGAAGUUGGUUCUAGCCAUCGGCUUGCUCUGCCUUGUGGCAGUAUACGCCAAGAACUUAGGCGAAGAUGAGACAGAUCUUGUAGCCGCUGCAAGUGGUAAAUCGUCUAAACAUGAAGAAGGAGGUGGCAAGGAACACCAUGCCCACCAUCACCACGAGCAUGGUGAGAAAGGUCAUAAAGGACACAAAGGACAUCAUCACCAUCAUAAGGGAGAGCACGGUCAUCAUGGCAAGCAUCAUCAUGCUGGACAUCAUCACGAGCACGGUGGCGAUCACAAAAAACACUGGGAUGAGCACGAUCAUCACGGUCACCAUCACGAGCAUGGCCAUCACCAUAAAGGUGGCAAACACGGCCACCACAAGCAUCAUGAUAAGGGAGAAAAGACCGACGGCUAUCACAAGAAAUACCAUAAGGACCACUUCCACAAGGACCACCACUUCUACGAUGACCAUCACCAUGAGGGCAAACAUCACAAACACGGUCACCACCACGGACACCACGAAAAGAAGGGUGGAGACCACAAGAAAGGAGGACAUCAUCACAGCGGCCAUCAUGAGCAUCAUCAUGCCAAGAAGGGUCAUCAUGACAAGCAUCAUUACGAUGAAGACCAUCACGGACACAAGGGUCACCACGGUCAUGAGGAACAUCAUCACGGCCAUCAUGAUCAUGGCAAAAAGGGUGGUCAUCAUGAUCACAAGGAGUGGGGCUUCCAUCACGGCAAGCACUGA